AUGAACGUCUUUUGGACGUUUUCCGCAGUGCUCCUGCUCAAAGCAACAGUGAUCCAGUGCCAGGAAUACAGCGGAUCGUCGCAGUGUCCUGAACAACAUGGCGAACAGACGUACGUCCACCCCGAUUAUUGCGAUCAAUUCUACCUUUGCACGAACGGCACUCUGACGUUGGAACAGUGCGGCAACGGUCUACUGUACGACGGCAAAGGCGCCGCCUACCAUCACUGCAACUACCACUGGGCCGUCGAUUGCGGCAACCGCAAAGCCGAACUUGCGCCGAUCAGUUCUCCCGGAUGCGAAUACCAGUUCGGUCUGUUCUCAGACGGCUCCGCUUGCAGCACCAACUACGUCAAGUGCGAACACGGAACACCGUACGCCCUGCCCUGCGAACCUGGACUGGCUUACGACGACAGGAUCAAGAAGUGCAACUGGCCCGAUGAGCUCGUCGACGUGGGAUGCAACCCUGCAGACAUAAUUGGAUUCAGCUGCCCAGAAAAGGCAGACCCACACUCGGUGUCCGCCAAAUUCGAACCGUACCCGAGGUACGCCCUCCCAGGAGACUCUCACAGGCUCAUCACGUGCGUGCACGGUCAUCCAAGGUUGAUAAGCUGUGGCGAGGACAGCGUUGUGGACGAAUCUUCGCUGACGUGCGUCGAGAAAGGGCCUCAUUACAGAAAGAGAAAGUAG